AUGUCAAGCCCCUCGAAUUAUCAUCGAAAUGGUGCCCAUUCUCGCUCAUUUUACCCUUCACUUGCUUCCAUAAGCUCCGCAGACUCGGGCCAGAUCUAUGGAUCUACAAGAGAAAUGGGCCCUCCACCUUUGGAUUUCCCACCACAGCCUGUUGAGAUUGAUUUAAAUAGUUUUACAAGGACUCUACCGAGCCCUUCGACAGCUGGAUCCAACCACUGGGAUCCGAUGUUCCAACCCCAUGCCUUUGGAGAGGCUUCAUAUGUAUCCCCAAAUAUGGCCAGGGUACCGCAGCUUCAAAUUGAUGGUCAAGGACGUGGUCCCAAGCAAGAUCCGCUUGUUCAGUGGUAUGCGAGUAACGAUGGUCCUUGGGUCCCCAAGGUCAUCCCAGACGUAGCCCCAGCAGAAAGAAUACAGGCAACACAGGCAGGUAAUCGUAACCUCGUAUCUUAUGGGAAUCAGUAUCGACAACCAAAUCCAUCGGAAGCUGGGUCUGUCCAGUUUGGUGUUCCAAACUCGGAUUCUGGAUAUGGGACCCGUCGUAGUGUGGGCAACACCUCCGUAUUCAGUGCUGAUGUUGCCGAAAGAGACCAGGACUGCCAAAGUCUUGCCGGCCAUCUUGAUAAUUUCCAGCCGUUUCAGGGACUCAAUGAAAUAUUGCCAGGUCGGGAUUCCAGGAUAAGUGAUUCUUGGGCGCCUCGUCCAAUCUCUAUAGGAUCGGAUUCUUCCGGUUUGAUCUGCCAAACUUGCCAGAAACCAGUCAAAACCCAAUCUGAAUUAAAGAAGCAUAACUUACGGCAUACAAAACCUUUCAAAUGCUCUGUCGAUAUGUGUCCACGAAAGGAUGGGUUCAGCACGAUCAAUGACCUAGACAGGCACACCAGGAGCAAGCACCCAGGAGCUACACCAGAAUCGGCAUCUACGAAAACAUACCACUGCUAUGUUCCUGGCUGUAAAUCUAGAGGCAAGACCUGGCCACGUUUGGACAAUUUUAGGAGCCAUCUGAAACGCGUCCACCAUCAUAACAUGACUACAGAGGAAAUCGAAGAUAUGAUCCGACGCGCCGAAAGCAACGAGAGUGCAAUGCUGAACGCAGACCAGAAACAUGUGCCAAUUGAACCCCCUUCUCAAACCCCCUGGAGACCAGCAAGCCCCGCUGUUCAUGAGAAUAAAUUGGAGCCUCAUUUGGAACCUGUCCAUCCAGAUAGGGUCGACUCGCCGCGGCCAGUUCCACCCAGGGAGCCUCAAAUGGAUAAAUUGGUGACCGAACCUGUGCCACAAGAAGAAAGGAAUCCUCAACCAGAUAUCCAACGCCCUAUUACUAUUCAGCUACCGGAAAUUUCCCCUACUCGUACAAAGACCCCAGUGGGCAAAUUCAGUGUUUUGGCCCCAGCGGGCCAGGCUAAUUCGGUCAUAAAUGCAGCUGACAAUGCAAAGCCAAACUCAUCCCCAAAGGCUAGUAGUGUUCCAGCCAAGGCAGCGAGGCAGAAUGAUGGGGCAAUCUCAGAUAAUCUCACCGAGGUGAUCAGAGCCGUUCUAUCUGGGGCUAGCAUCCAGGAUCCCCAUGGCCAGGGUACUAAUAGAGCCAGUCUACCAAAUGGAAGGACGCCACUAGGGUCGAGUGAUAUCCUCAGCGGGCAGACUGAUCAUAUUAAAACCGCAGACUCUCCGUGCUCAGAGACAGAUUCUAUUGAAUCUCGGGAAUCAAAGCAAGCAGAGGAAAUUAAGGAAAUUAUCAAAACUAUCCGCAACCUAGGCUAUAUAGUACAGAAGGAAACGACCCAACCCACAAGACAGAAUUCAGGAUCAAUAUCUGGUAAUAGAAGCAGCAAUAUCGUGAGCUGCAACAGGUGCAAUAAAUUCCAAGGCCGGCCUUGCGAGCUGAAAAAACAUAUGAAACGUCACGAUAAGCCGUAUGGCUGCACAUUCCUGGAGUGUGGGAAGAGCUUUGGCAGCAAAAACGACUGGAAGCGGCACGAGAAUUCUCAGCAUUUCCAACUUGAGGCAUGGCGAUGCGAUAAGCAGCUCCCCAAGGGUGGCGCAUGUUCCAAGCUGUGUUAUCGCCGACAGAAUUUUGAAGAGCAUCUCAAGCAAGAGCACCAGAUCCCUGAUGACGCUGAUGCUCUCACGGAUGCGCUCGAAGGUUGCCGCAUUGGCCGUAGCUGUGACGCACGCUUCUGGUGCGGAUUCUGCGUUAAGCUCGUUGACCUAAAGGAGAAGGGCCUUGCUGCAUGGACCGAACGCUUCGACCACAUAGAUGAUCACUUUAUGGGACGUAAAAGCUUCUCGAAGCAAAAUAUCCUGCAAUGGGUCCCAGUUGAUGGGAGUGCCAAGCUCGAAGGAGAUUCUGGGAGCCGUCCGGAUAUGUCUCGCGGAAAGGGAGCCUCAGAUGACCAAUCUAGCCCUACCUCUGGAUCUCCAAGCGGAUCAUGUUCGAGUGAUGCUGGUGGCAGUGCAGGAUGUUCACCUGACGCUACAACCGUUGAAGCUAGCGGCGCUACAAAUACCAAGAGGAGGCAUAGCGACGGGGAUGAUGGUAGCAGGCCAAAGAAGCAACCUAGAACAGCCACACCCAAGGAGGUCACAAUAUUUUGUUGCCAGUGCCAUAUUGGACACAAUCUCAGAUUCAAUGAAUACUGCUCCAUUUGUCCUGAUGGCCAUUCCUUCUGCGACCGCUGUUCCAGGGAACAUCCGGACUGA